CAGUCACUGUUACGAUUACGAAAACACUAGCUUUCAAUUUCAUUCACUCUCUUCUUCCAACACGCACACUCACCUCACACACAUUCUCUCUCCGUCUCUUCGAUUUUUCUCCUUAAACACCAGUAACGGUCACAUUUCCAACACCUCCAAUAACUCAACCAUCUUCAUCUUCAUCUUCACAAACACAUUUAAAUCCCACAGCACAAAUCCCAACCCAACGUCACCCAUUUCUCUUUCUUCCCUUCCUUCACUCACCGAUAACUCUCCCACAAUGACCACCCGAAAAAGCCUCGUUCUUUCGCUCCUCCUCCUUCUGGGCCUCUCCCCGCUCUGCGCCGGCGCCGCUCCGCCGCAGGAGCUGUGGUGCGUGGCGAAGAACAACGCGGAGGACGCGGCGCUGCAGGCUGCGCUGGACUGGGCCUGCGGGGCUGGCGGCGCCGACUGCGGCCCAAUCCAGCGCGGUGGGCCCUGCUACGACCCCACCAGCGUGCAGAAUACGGCGUCGUUUUCCUUCAACGACUAUUUUCUGAAACAUGGCAUGACCGACGAUAGCUGCAACUUCAACAACAACGCUGCCGUCACUUCCUUGAACCCUAGUCAUGAUAAUUGCAAGUUCCCCUCCGGCAAGACGGGGAGCAACGGGAGUUUUUCUGGAUCAACAACACCCACUUCAUCUGUUGGAUUGGGACCCAGUGAAGAUUUCAGUGGGUGCACGAGAGUUUCUUGGGGGUGGUGGUGGUUUUGGCCUUUGAGUUUUAUUGGGCAUUUGAUGUUUAUGGUUUCUGUUUUUGGAUGAUAGGAAGUGAAACUGAAAAGUAGCACUUGAUUUGAUGAGGGAAUUGAAUUGCAAGAGAUAAGUUUUCCUUGUUCACGUUGCACAGGUUAUACAGUGUAGGAAUAUAUCAAAUUUUGUGUUGUUGGCAACCUAGAUCUGAAAUGGUGAAUGAUCUGUUCUGAAGGACUUUUGUGCCUCAUUUGAAUUUUGGUCAAUGCUUCAAGAUUUUAUGAGUCAUGGUUGUUCAAACUACGGUAUUUAAAGUGUUGAUAAAUAAAUAAAAGGGGGAAAUUGAGAUUGGUAA